UUCUCUUCCUUGUUGCUUUGUAUACCAUGCGGCGUGUUCUUGCAUCAAAUCCCCAUCCCACCUUUAUCUUAUUUGCAACUCUUGCUUUGUUGUUUCAGAUUCUCUUUAUAACGAAAGCUGAGAAUCCUUCCAUCUACUCCUGUUACGGUUCCGCCAAUUAUACUACCAACAGCCCAUUCGAAACUAAUCUCAACCACACCUUCUCUUCCCUAUACAAAAAUACUCCCUUAACCCUUUUCAACACCACCGUAUACGGCGAAGAUCCCGACCGAGUUUAUGGUCUGGUCCAGUGUAGAGGAGAUGCCACCCAAGAUGAAUGCCGGAACUGUGUGAAUACUUCGACUACUGAGAUCGUUCGACGUUGUCCUCUUGGAAAGGAAGGAAUGAUACGCUAUUGGGCUUGUGUCUUACGCUACGCUGACUGGGACUUCUUCGGCCAAAUCGACAAUCAAAGCCCUAUAAUCUAUGCCUACCCGGUGGACAACGUGACAGAUGUGACUCUGUUUAACGAGAGAGUUGCAGGUCUAAUGCAUAACUUGUCGAUUGCGGCUGCUGGUAGCCCUUCCAAGUUUGCGACUGGACAGACCAGUUCUGUGAAUAGCUUUAGUUCUGUAUAUGGUAUGUUGCAGUGCACAAGCGACUUGUCGGACGGUAACUGUUCUUCUUGUCUCCAAAACAUAAUUGCAGACAUUCCAUCUUGUUGUAAUUGGAGAUCGGGAGGGAAUGUUUAUACUUCCAGUUGCUUCUUAAGGUACGAUUCUUAUCUCUUCUUUGACAUGUUUUCUCCGCCACCUCCGUCCCCAACGCUGGCUUCUCUUUCACCACCCCCACAGACUGUUGAUGGUGGAGGCACCACCACCACCACCAAUACAACACAAGGAAAAGGGAAAGGGAAAAGUUCAUCAAAUAUUGUUAUUAUUGCUGUGGUCCUGCCAAUAACAGCAGUUCUACUUGUUUCUGGCAUAUGUAUAUAUUUUUGGAUGAGGAGGAAGCCAAAGAGUGAAGUUGAUGGUUUGAAUGAGAUUAGCAUGGUGGAAUCAUUACAAUUCGACUUUGAUACAAUAAAAGCUGCCACAGCCAAUUUCUCUGAUUUCAAUAUGCUUGGACAAGGUGGAUUCGGUCCCGUUUACAAGGGUAAGCUUUUGAAUGGACAAGAAAUUGCUGUGAAGAGGCUUUCUAGAAAUUCUGGACAAGGUGAACUAGAAUUUAAGAAUGAGGUGGUGUUAGUGGCGAAGUUGCAGCACAGAAAUCUUGUGCAGCUCCUCGGCUACAGCUUACAAGGAGAAGAAAAGCUCCUGAUCUAUGAAUUCUUGCCAAAUAAAAGCCUCGAUUACUUCAUCUUUGAUCCAAUCAAACGCACACAAUUGAACUGGGAAAAGCGUCACAAAAUCAUAACUGGGAUUGCUCGAGGGCUUCUCUAUCUUCAUGAAGAUUCUCAACUUAGGAUUAUACAUCGAGAUCUCAAAGCCUGCAAUGUUUUGUUAGAUAAGGAUUUGAACCCAAAAAUUUCAGAUUUUGGUAUGGCAAGGCUUUUUGUGAUCGACCAAACUCAAAAUACGAGUAGGAUUGUUGGAACAUAUGGAUAUAUGGCUCCAGAGUAUGCAUUGCAUGGGUUCUUCUCAGUUAAGUCAGAUGUCUUUAGUUUUGGUGUCUUACUUUUGGAAAUUGUGAGUGGGCGGAAGAACAACAGUUUUUAUCAAGUGGAGCACACUGAGGAUCUUCUUAGCUAUGCAUGGAGAAAUUGGAGGGCAAACACGGCCUUGGAGUUGAUAGAUAUAACUUUGAGAGGAAAUUGUUCGAUAAGUCAAGUAAUGCGUUGCAUUCACAUUGGAUUGCUAUGUGUUCAAGAGGAUGUUUCUGACAGACCCACCAUGGCAUCAGUUAAUCUCAUGUUCAGUAGCUCAUCCGUCACUCUUCCAAUACCAUCAUCACCUUCCUUUUCUGUUUAUAGCAGAAACGAGGCAGAGAAAUCUUCCUCAGAGAAUGAUUCGCGGGAAACACAACCGCGUCCAUCCACAACUAAGUCAACACUAAGGUCUAUAAAUGGUGUAUCUAUUACCGAGCUUUACCCUCGGUGAGAUACAAAGGAAGAGUAGUCCAUAAAAAAGGGGUGAAAUCACUAAUUAUUAUUACAUGACUGUUUUUACAGUAGCAAUUUGGAAACAUGAAGGUUUACGAUGUUUUUGUAGGUCACAAGACAGAUCUGAGCCGUUUAUUUUCAUGGCUUUUCCUAUUUAAACUUUCUAUUCCUGCUCAAAAUUGGGAGAAUGUAUAGUAAU